AUGGGGAGCAAGCCAAUAAUCUUGAAAACAGUGUGUAAAUUAAUAGAGUGUGAAGGGGAAGUUUCAGACCCGUAUGAUUCAGAUUAUGUGCCACCAAUCUCAUUACGCGGUGCAUCGCAGGAUAUGAGUCCAAAGACAACGUUGUUGCCCUUGCUGACGGGAGGAUCUACUUUCCAGGUCACUGCUAUGUGCUGUUCGUACACAACGAUGGAGCUAGACACCAUGGACAUCGCUGGAAUCGUUUCUGGUCAAAAGGCUUUACUUGUAUGGAUCGAGGACAUCUUUCACCAUUUCUGGUAUGCUUGUCAGCACACAAGCACCAGAGAGGAGUUUAUGGGUGUGUGGAGAGGUGCACUUCACCAUAUGCGCCUCUGGAGGAUAAACGGGACAAAGAGCCCAUUCCACGUGGUUCUUAACCGGAGGUGGCUGAAGGAUAUUGAGAAGUUGCUCACCUUUCGGACAACAUCGAAGCUUGAAUCUUUCCAAAACCACGUCCUGAUGUACGCAGGGAAGCGUUUUGGAUUUACUUAUGGCGCCGAUGAAGUUCGUACACUCCUCGCUGCAUUAGACUACAACCUCCAUAACCAUCGCCCAGUGCAUGUGAACAGCAAAGGCCAAGUAUCAAAAAGUCUCAGCGUUACACUGUGA